AUGCUUUUUUUGAUGCUAGCAACGUGUGUUUCGUCGUGUCCGCGCAUCGUGAAAAUUAAGAAUCUUCGACGAAAGUACCACAAAGAUAGAAGACUCGUCACCUUCACGUGCAAGUUGGGUUUUGAACUAGUUGGUGCCAAAACAGCCGUCUGUAAUCAAAAUAAAUGGUCAACAGAGCCUCCAAUAUGCAUUGCCCCGGGUUGUCCACUCUUGGAAUAUGAUGACAAUGUCCUCGAUGUGACUUAUACUUACCGUGGAUCUUUGGCUACUUUUCAAUGUAAAGCCAAUUACGUAAUGGAAGAUGAAGACAAUCGAGUUUAUUGCAACAAAAGAGAAUGGAACAAACCUCCUCCAGUGUGUAAAAAAAAUUCAGUAAGAAAAUCAUGCGAUUAUGAAGAUGGAAUUUGUGGUUGGACACAGGACUUGGGUGACGAUUUUGAUUGGAAAAUACAUUCGAAAAAAACUUCGACCAGAUACACUGGACCAUCGAAUGACCAUACAUAUGGAAACGUAAGUGAAGGUCAUUAUAUUUACACUGAAGCUUCCGCUCCACGUCGACCCGGCGAUCAGGCAAGAUUGCUCUCCCCUUUAUACAACUUCAAAAUGCAAGCCGUCUGCUUCGAGUUUUGGUUCCACAUGUGGUGUCCUUCUCUAACAAAAGAGACGGGAUCCCUUCAGAUCUAUGCCAUUUCCAAAAAACAAUUAUUAACCAACUUGGCACCAUUGAUGACGUUGACAGGAGAUUAUGGAAAUUCCUGGAAGCGUAAAAGAAUUCAACUUGAACCAAUGCAAGACACUUUCCAGAUCAUUCUUCAGACAACGUCCGGUGAAAACCACAAGAACGAUAUUGCUAUUGACGACAUCCAAUUGUGGGGAGGUCUUUGUGAAGAUACUCCAAACAUCACGAAUCCAUUCUUAACUAAAAUUUUAAUGAAAAUUACAACUCCAAUUUCCUUUCCAGUCUCAUACAGACUUCUCAGAACAGGGUCGCCUGCGGGUGCUCACGUACGUGACGACGAUGUGCCGACCGAUCGUGGUCUCUUCCAUCUGGCCUCUUCCGUCUCGCUCGACCAUUUUGUUCUGAAACAAGGCGCGCAUAGACGCUUGCAUCAACAAUGGCUGGGAGCGGAGACAAGGAUCACAGUGGUAAGGGCCGGUCGAAAAAAGAAGCUGGUCAGCAUACCAACCAUGCAGACCCCGGGGGUCACACCAGAAAAGCCGUCGUUAAACUUGUUAACAACAGCCACAAACCGCAACAAAGUGGGCCGGCUACCAAAGGGCCUGACUCAGCGAAAAAAUGAAACGAAGCUGCUUUUGAUUCUCUGUGGUGAUAAAAUGAAAAGAAUCAAUAUGGUAUUUUUGUCCUAUCAGCCACCCUUGAUCUUCACGCAAAUUACCAUCAAACUAUCCAAAGCUUAUUCUUUUGAUUAUUGCAGAUGA